AUGGACAUUCUCGCCGAGUUGGAGAGCAUGGCCCUCAAUGUUUCAGACGUACGUGAAGACACAACCUCCGAGGCCGAUGUCGCACGAUGGCAACGGCUAUUUGGCUUUGGGAGGCCAGAGGCCACACGCCGAAUCGAAGAAUACCGGAGUGACUACUCCAGGACCAGGAUCUCGGACGACCUCUGGGAUACAGUCAAGAGCCGAAAGGAGGCAGAGGGAUAUGAUCGAGAAGCAUACGAAUAUUCCCUCAAGAAUCGACCACAAGCACAUACCCCAACACCCUCGGCAGCAACGGUGUCAGGCACUUUCAUCGUGCAGUUGAUGGAGCCUCUGGGCUCAGCGGAAAAAAUCAUGGAUGUGGCUGGCUUAGCGGAGGCUCCGUUGAUCGUGACGGGAGCAGGCGAGCAUGGCCAAGCGAGUUUCUGCCAGAUCGACGGCGUCACGAGGGCGAAGUUGCUCGACUGGGUCGCCGAGCACCAUAGCGGUUUCCAGCCUACGAUUGUGCGUUUGACCAAGGCCAAGAAGAGUCUCUGCUCGCGGAGCACAGCCCCAACUCUCGCACAAGACUCGACCAUGCCUCAAAACCGGCUGGACGACGAAAAGGAUAUUCCUCGGCCAUCACAGGACGAAUACCCAGUGUGGUAUUUCUUCUACGGCAUUCUGGCUGAUCCGGAAGUGCUGAAACAUCACCUCAGUUUGGACGCCGAGCCUUCUCUUGUGCCGGCGUCUAUCGAAGGUGGCGAAGUUGGACUCUGGUCAGGCAAGUACAGAGCCUUGGUGGAUUCAUGGUCAGAAUCGGCCAAGGUGUUUGGGAGCGCGUUUCUCGUUCAGUCCCAGGAUCAGGAGGACGCGCUGAGGUUUUACGAGACAGACAGGUACGAGGUUGUGCGAUGCCGUAUCUUGACAGAGCAGGGGAAUUUGCGGGGGUUGACAUUUCGCUUCGACGGGCUGCCAGAGGAUCUGGGAUAG